UUAAUUUAUAAUGAUAUUUUUCCAUUCAAUGUUUGUUAUUAUACGUUGAGAUACACGUUUCAAAUGUCGGUAAUUAUAUCAAUUUGAAAAGUAUAUACUAUUACAUGGCAUUUAAACUGUACAAUAUAUUUAACGGAGCAAACAAUAGCGUGCACACGUUUCAUAUAAGCUAAAAUGAUAUUUUAUUUUGUGGGAUUUUAAUUUUACAAAAGUUAGCAAUUGUUAGUAUGAAAUAACUGGUAAAUAAGGAUAUAGAAUAAUGAAUCCACUGGCAGCAACACAACGAGAUUUCAUUCGUCAUCAUAAUGAGAGGAACGAAAAUAUUGAAAUUGAAGAGCUGGGCAAUGUCGUUAGCACAGACCAAGUUAGUGUAGACAUGAACACGAAUAAGAGUCAAGCAAAAGAACAGACAGUCGUCUUCGUACUGAAAUGUUUGAUUCUCGUAACAGUAUUUUUGGCAUUACUUAUCGGAACGGCUGUAAUUGUUGUUGAGGCCAAUAAGGAUGAUGAUCCUACAUCAAGAGGUCGAGUAUUCACUGAAAGACCUCAAGAGGAAUGUCCGGACAAGAUAAGUGUCGUACUCGGAGAAACAUACUCUAUUCAAUGUACAUUCCCCACCAGGUUGAAUCCUUCUAACGUAACGGCUAUAUAUAAGAACGUUGCUGAUGCGAAAACAUCAGAUUUCAGGUGUACUAUGAAAGUUAAUAAAACAAUCAAUGUGCAAUGUACAUCGGUUAAUGCAACUAAGUGUAGUUCAAUUGGUGAUGUAGAAAUUCGGUUAAUAGACUCUAAAAAUAAAGUGAAACAUACGAGGACAGUUGGUAUAGAUAUAAAAGUUCAUGACAGAGAUUUCAGUACUACAACCAAGCAGGUUUACAAUGGAAAUGGUUCAACAUCAACAUUUCAUCUAAGCUGUGAAAGUAAAGGCUAUUGUUUGAGCCAUGAUAUGAAAUUUGUGGAGUAUAAAACAAUUAAAGAUAUAACUGAAACUAUGUCCUGCAAGACAGUGUAUUCCGGCGACGACGGCUACACUGUGUCAUGUAACACUGAAGUCUCGAGUGAUGUUAUCUACCAAUAUGGUAACGGGUCGCAUCUGUACUGUCUGUUAAUGCAGGGCACAGAAGAAGUUUACAAACGAGAAUUUAGUUUACCAGGUUGUAAUGAUUAUGCAGUACAGAAAAAAGGUUGGUAUUUAACAGAAUAUAUACAAUGUAGCUAUUUAUUAUAGAUCGGUACGAUGAGUGAUCUAAUCCAUUUCAUUUACAAUUCAAAUUCGAAUCGA